CCGAAAAUGGCGGCGGUUUCUGUCAGUGUGGAGUGAAACUUUCCUAUUAUUAGCAAAGAUUUAGCCAUUUUCUGACACGUUUUCUCGAUUCCAGUCGUCUGUGUGUGGAAAUAAGCAUCGGCGGAUUACAAAUACGUUUGGGGGUGAUCGCCAGGACCGAGCGGCGUCACUCUGGGCUCCGUUUUUGCUCGGCAAAUCGCUGGGCUUCCCUCGAAGUUGAUGGUGGCUAAGUGCCUGACAUUGCGAUCAUAUCGACCGUUGUUGUCGUCGGGUCGCUUAACGCGAAGCCGUCAGGUGAGAUCGGACGUCGGCGGAGCAGCUAGUUAGCUAGCCGGUCAAAAGUGCGUCGAAAAACGUGUUUUCGUUGAGCCGGAUUUCGUCAGGGCUGGUCGGAGACUCUGAGGACGUGUCACGUCACCUGUCAGCUGAAAUAAAUAGGUGGUGUUGGAUGUCACCACCGCUCAGCGUCAGGCUGAAUUUGGUUUGCUAGCGUCGUCAAUCCUGGCAAAUCAAAUGGAGAAGCUCCAGGACCUGAGCCAAUCAGAGCUGCAGGAGCUCCUGGAUAACCCGGAGAGGGUGGAGUCUAUGGCUCUGGAGUCUGACGAGAUCCAGAACAUCCAGCUGGAGAGAGAGAUGGCGUUGGCAUCAAAUCGCAGCCUUGCCGAGCAAAACCUGGACAUGAAGCCUCGUCUGGAGUCAGGGAAAGAGGUGCUGGUGGAGAGAUAUUCUCAGCUGGACGCCAUCAGAGAAAACUACAGACAACACUGCUCCCUGAGAGAGGGGAUAGAGGGUGAAGUGUCUCCAGAGGCGUUGUUCUCCAGACUACAGACAGAGGGCAGCAAAACGGAGUCAGAGUCAGAGGCUCUAGCUGAUGAGUUUCUGGAGGGCUCUCUGCCGCUGGACUCCUUCCUCGACCGCUUCCUUUCCCUGCGCUCCCUCGCUCACAAAAGACGGGUGCGAAUAGAGAAACUCCAGGAGAUCCUACGACAGAGGAGCGAGGGCAAUCCCAACGCCAUGACGUCAUCAGGAGUCAGCCAAGACCCCGCCGCCACGGCCUCACCGUGGAAUCAACAGACAACAACAACGACAACGACAAAUCAGCAGCAGCCAAACUCCAAACCUCAGUCCUCCAGCUACCAAAACGCCUCGCAGAUGGCCUCCUCGUCUGCAGGGGGCUCCUCCGGCCUCCCCUACAGCCCGUACCCUGUCUCCCCACCAAACCCUCCCCCUGCGGCGGCAGCGGCAGCAGGCUCCGGCCCAACCAUCCCCCCGUACCCAGGUUCCGGCUCACCUUUCUCCCCAGCAGGGAGCUUCUCCGGGCCCAGGCCCGCUUUCGGGCCUCCGGCUCCAGCCGCCUGUCCUUACCCAGCCCAGCCCUCCUUUCCUGCCCCACACCCCGGCUCAGCGUUCGGUCAGUACACCCCGAGUCACCCCCAGAGCGGCCCCGCCCCCUACCCGGCCUCCUACAGCUACGGCGGCUACAGCUACCCAGCCGGGCCCUCAUAUUCAAAUUCUCAGUCGCCAACGGGGAGACCCAUCUACAGACCAGGAUACGGAGUCCCGCAGCCGUACUCAUGAAAGCACUACUGCUCCUCUGUCUCAAUUCUUCCCUUCUUUGCUAUCUCUCUCCUUUCUUCCUCCUCCCCUCUUUAAAUCCAGUCUCCUCACCCCUAAAUCCCUCUCCCCCUCUUGUCUUUUUACCUUUUCUACCCUCCCUCUUCUUUUGUCCCCAUGCUGAGAGAGGUCUCUCGCUUUACUUAUCUUUGUUGCACUAUUUCUCUCUUUCUCUAAAUAUCAGUCUGUUGAUCUCUCCGUCUUUCUCUUGUUCCUUUUCCCUUUCUCUCUGUCACCCUACGACCCACCAACUCCCCCACACUAGUCUCAGGUUGUUGCGUUGUGUUUAAGUGUUAAAACACUUGUAUCUGGCCCUUCAUUCACUCCCUCUCUCCAUCGCUCCCUCCCUCCUCGUCCAUUUCUUGUGUGUGUGUGUGUGUGUUGCUAUUUGGCAAUCAGAACGUCCUUUUAAACACACAAGUGCACUCCCCCCUUAGGACAAAUAAAUGAAAAAAAAACAGUCUUUGUAACACCACAUCAGUGUCCAGUAGCUGUCUGACCAGAAUCUGUCUGGUUCACGCUGUUAUCCACGAGCACAGUCUGCACUGAGAAAACAACUUAUAAUGAAGGCUAAAGUUCGAGGCUAGCUUCAUGACCUUUGGGCUAACAAAAUGCACUUAAACUGGCAAAGUGGACGGCUGUCACAAAAUACGGCUCUUAUUUGAAGUUCAUUAGUGAUGCAGGACUGACCGUGUCCUCCGCUGAAGCUGCCUGGUCUAUCAGCUCUUCCAGACUCUUACCUGCUAUAAACACAAAUAUAGGAGGUGAUUUUUAUUAUGCACACAACAACCACCAGUAUCUCCAGUCAACAUUUAUUUUUGUCAACCAAAGAACCUUGUGACGAUGACUUUUGUCUUUUGAAUUUAAUUUUGAAAGAGGACAUCGGCUUCAGCUGCACGUCAGCUGCUGUGCUUCCUUUUCUAUCUUUGUAAAGGCACGUUCACACCAGAAAGCGGCACAGUGAAGUACGCUCAAGCUUGGUGAUGUAGCGACUACUCACAGGGCUAAUUUGUUAUCUACUGCAGCUGGUUAACUAACAGAUAACACACUAGCCAGCGGGGGACAAAAGCUGUGAACCAAGUCUCUUUACAGUUUUCUCUGUGGUAGUUUACUCACCCUGGUGUUUGUUCUCAGAUUGUUUAACAUUUAAUUUAACAAAGAGUUACAGAGGAGGGAAAAAACCUCUCCAGGCAGGUACAACAGGUACUGUAAAUGUUUCUCAGUAAGCCACAUAUCAGUCCGGUGCCAGGACUACACACAUGAUUUGAAACAAACAGCCCCUGACACACUUUUGAAAACUGACCAGGAGCCUAUUUUAAACCACACUUUCUAAGCCUUCAUCCGUUUUCUGCAGUGCAUGCUAGUCCUACAUCAAAGUUGCAAAAAUAAGCCAGUUUUCCUAAAAAAAAUAAUUCAAAAUAAAAGUUUAAAACUAUUGCACUAUUGUGCCGUUAGCCACUUGGGGGCAGUGGAAAGCUUGUUCUGCUGUGACAACAUUCAUAUAUCAUCACCUGAUGAGGACGAUUCGCUGAUGUAAACAGCUGAUUGUAGAGCUGAGGGAACUGCAGAGGUUGUUGAUAAUUCUCGGUGGGUUCAUCACACAGUUAGAAAUGAUAAUUAGUGCAGCUCAAAGAAAUGGGUCUUUAACAAACUUUCCUUCCUGUGUUUAGUCAAUUAAAAUUAAAUGCGUUCUCCAAAGCGUUUCUCCAUUCCUGGACCCAAAUUAAGAUGGUGACGAGACGUGCAGCUAUCAUUUGUAGUUGUUAACUGUCCUCGUUACAGCCAGCCAGCUAGCUGCAACUAAACCUUGCUGCAUUGAUCUGGCAUUGGUUGACAUUAGCUGAUCAAAUAAUUUGCAAAUGGAAAACUAGACAGUUUACCAGCCAGAUCAGCCCCUGAAAGUUUUGAAUACUAGUGAAGCUCUCAGAAGGCAGCAUGAGAAAAGGGAUAUCACUCCAGGUUUCAAAGGGUUAAAGGGCCUGAGGUGAUUGGGCCAUUCAAUACACAGAGCCAGGCCAGUUUAUCUAUUUAAUAAUGGGUAAAUCCCCUCUGAUAGAGUUUGGUGCUUUUGUGCUUCGAGCAAGUAAGAUGAAAAAGUCCGAGUUAGGAGCGCUGUAGUCCCGUAGUUGCACCCUCACUUGACACGAUGAUGCACAGACCAGACCACUGAGAAUCAACACAGAACCAAACGUAGUUUCACUUCUUUGUUCCCACUUUGUCUGUAAAUCCUCCCCACCAACAGUCCUCUGUCGUCCCCUCCUCCUCUGUCCCGACCUCCUCUCCAUCACUCUCCUCCUCUUCACAUCUGCUUGUUGAAUAUGAACUGAUGCUUGACAAUGAUUACCAGGAGAAAAUAGUUUUAUUUCUAUAAGUUCACACUAUCAGUGAGAAUACAUGUGGUCUGUUAUAGUUUACUGGAGUGAAAAUAUAAAGGUUGGCGAUCAGUUCUGUCUCAAUUGAAUCAAUUCAAUUAUGGAAAUAUCAAUCUAGGUAAUUUAAAGAUACUUAAUGGAUCUUGUAGAAGCGCAUAUCACCUUUGUACAUUUGGAAUAACCAACAAUCAGUGAUAUGAAAUUGUUACCUUGCAGUGUAACAUUUCAUCAGACUAAUCAUGUUUUAUUGUUUGUAUCACUCUCAGCUACUUCGGAGCACUUCGUUUGUAUCAAAAAGCAGCUUUACAGCUUAACAUUUUCUUUCUAACAUUGUUGUAGCACCACAAUGGAGCCCUCCAGUCCUAAAACUUCCACCCAGCUCAAAACAUCACUGUGAAGUUGGAGAAUUGGAGGGAAAUCAGGAGUGCCUUAACAAUGUCAGGAGGUGUGCCAAUAUCGUCACAUACACAAAUGUUGGAAAAUUUAACUGAGCAGAAUCUUGAAGUGAUUGAAUUGACCUCAAAUUGGUCCCAGCCUCUGAAAUACUGUACUGUUAUUAACACUCCCCAAAACAAAGCAAGGGAAUCAUAGAAGGGAACUGGACUUAAGUACUGAGUUGCGAGGUCUUAACUUGAAUCGGUCAUUAAAUUACAGUUUGAAAAGCGUAAAUGCAGAGAUGAAGAAACGUAGAAGGUAGAUGUGCUGUAGCAGUUAGUGGUUUUGUGGUCAGAGGGACGGCAGUGUGCUAUACACACAACUACAGAGCAGGAGUUUUAUCAGAAGAUCAUUUUAUUUCAUGACACUGCAUGUCAGAGAUGAUCUCCCACGAGAAUCAUUCGCUUAUUUUUUUCAUUUCAGAAGGGACUUUUACAUUUUGAUUAUUUGAUAGAGAUGUAGUUGGUGCCCCGAGAAUCACUGAGAAUCAUUCAAAACCCGUGACAGUAACUUGACAUUUAUGCCACAGGUGUGUGUUUACCUUUGUUUCUCUUCCAUUUAAAGCCUGACUGGGUGUGUGAGUGCUCAUAUUGUUUGUCUGAAUUGACAUAAAUAUAUAAAGUUUAUCUACCACGUCUA